ACUAAUUUCUUAUACAAAUAAAUUUUAAUUUAAUUAAACAUUUAAUAAACAAGGGAUUAUAAUAAUAGACAAUAACAAGAAAAUGCAAACAAUUCAUAAAGUGGAUGGAUUUACUGAAAUCUAUUUCAUGGUUGAUAAAAGAAAAAAAGGUUGGAUUACUAUGCCAGAGUUACGAAAGUAUAUGGAAGAGAAUGAUGUGGAUGAAAAGAUGUUUGAGCGUUGGAAAACUCUAUUUGAUCCUGAAUCUACUGGUCGUAUAACAUUGGAAAAAUUCUCUGAAGUAUUAGGUUUACAAGAAGAAGUUAUAAAUAUUCAAACUGCUAUUCACGGAAAUGAAAUGCACGAUGUAAAUGUUAUACAGUCAGAUAUGAAUACAAAAAUGAAAUUGACUAUUUGUGGACUAAUUGAUGAAGGGAUAUUGAUUUAUCAUGAUGAUUUGAAAUUAGUUGAGUUCUUGAAAGAUGAAUUGGAUAAGUAUUUUGGAAAGUUAUGGAAUGUAAUCAUCAUCUAUGGUCGAUAUUGGUCACGUUAUUGUCAUGAAACAGGUUAUAAUUUUUGUUUUAUCAAAGACGACCGUAUAUUCCUAGUAUACAAGAUUCCGGAUAUAUAAUAGAAAAAUAAGAUAUUUCAAUCACAUUCCAUUCUUGAAGAUAUUUUUGUGAUAACUCUGAAGCAAAAAUGAUGAACACAAAGACUUCUCUUGUUUUGAUAUUUUACGUGUAAAUUUUGAUUCCGGUUUAUUCAUAAGUUUGUCGAAUUCUUUGACUAUAUAACAACCAAUCAAUGAUUAUAUAAAAGUUGGACUUGUAUUUUAGCUAACAAAAAACAUGUGG